AUGGUGAACAGUGAUGCUACCCAAGAGUCAGAUGCAGGUCACAAAAGUGAUCGUAACUACAGUGAUGCAGAAAGAUGUGUGUGCAGCCCGGAAAUCAACAUCAACCCUCCUGGUUGUACAGACACUGUAGUGAGCAGUAAUCAGGACAGGAUUCUCUCAGAGCUACAAGACACAAAACGCCAAAUGGAAGACAUGCAAGCAGCACUGUCCAAUCAUCAAGACAUUGUUUCCUCUGCAUUAAGAGAUAUCAGAUUACAGUUGGAGACGCUGCAACUCGAGCAUAAGUACUUUCCCAAGGACUGUUUAGGCUAUCUGGAAUCAGGAGAGAUCAGUGGUGUGUACAUAAUCAAACCUGUUGGCUCCAUUGCUCCGAUACAGGUUUAUUGCGACAUGGACACAGACAACGGUGGAUGGACGGUGUUUCAGCGUAGGAAGGAUGGGUCAGUGGACUUUUAUCGUGACUUUGCCAGCUACCGGGAAGGCUUUGGGGAACCCGACAGGGAGUUUUGGCUUGGCAACAACAACCUGCAUUACCUUACCAGUCAAGGCAACUACCAACUUCGUGUUGAUCUCUCAGAUUUUGAAAACAACACUGCGUAUGCUGUCUAUGACUCCUUCAGCAUUGCCAGUGCUAGUGAUAACUACAGGCUAUCAGUAGGAGGCUACUCUGGAACUGCUGGUGACUCUCUGAUGUACCACAACAAGCAGGAAUUCACAACCAAGGACAGAGACAAUGACCCACACUCUACCAUACAGUGUGCUGAAUUUCGCCAAGGUGCCUGGUGGUAUAACAGUUGUGCAUACUCCAAUUUAAAUGGGAAAUAUCUUGGUGAUGUCCAAAGAAAAGAGGGAAUCACAUGGGAGAAAUGGAAGAAUGAUCUCUCCCCAUUCAAAACCUCUGAGAUGAAAAUAAGAUUGAAUGAGUAAAAUCUUCCAAAGAAAUAUCAACUGGGUAGAAAGCGCUUCCUACCUAAUCGUGUACAAUAUGAAUCUACAUGUACCAGUAAACUAUUUCAUAAGCAUGAGAUUUUGACAUUAUCAUUAAACAAACAGUUAAAAUACCUUUUACCAAGUUAACACGGAAUUGCCGAAUGUUGUUGAAAUACAGGUUCCAACCAACUUUAUACAAAAAAUGUUACUCCAUAAUUUUGAGUACCCCUGCACAUUUAAGCAUACAUAUUACAAAUAUUUUUCGAUGAUUUUUUUUUGGGGGGGGGAUUGUGGAUAAAUUUACCUGUAAACGUUGGUGCUGCUCCAAAUGUGCAGUGUGUUAAGAAACUUUCGAAAGG